AUGCAGAAUUACUCAAAUAGUACACCAUCUCUCCCACUUCAAAUAUUUCUGGGACUUAGUCCCCGGGUACUUAUGAAGGAGUCUCUACCUGCACUGUCUGCACUGUCUGCACUCUUCUGCCAGGUGAAGAUAUUUUGUGGGAGAGCUAUAUGGACCUCUAUUGCCAAAAGGAAGAAGGGCUCUCUUCCCUUGUCUUACUACCUGCUGGAAGGAGCCCAGAGCAGCGCUGCUCAAACUUCCAGGUGUGACAGUUUACCACCAUCUCAGUUGCCCACUCUCACCUCAGGACUGGCUGGAGGUGGGGAGAAUAGCCUUUCCCCCAGCCCCGUCCCACUUGACUUGUGA